AUGACUAAGAAGUUACUCUUACUGUUCUUUAAAAAAAUAAAACUCUCUGGCUGCCAUGGACUUAAGCCUCAACUGUAUCCAAAUGUAACUGAGUUAGAAAUAAAUGAAGGAGGAACCCUAAACAUUACGUGCACAAGCAAUAGCUUUGUUAAUUUUUAUUUCCCUACAAGUGAUGAAAGGGGGAGGACCACCUCUCAGCCUCUUAUAACACCAGAAGUCAGGAGUACCCACAAGACAUUUAUAAGAAUAUCAACCGUUUUUGGAGAUACUGGCUGGUAUGGUUGUGCUGAUGAAAGCAAACAAAUAACAAGUUUGACGUACAAAAACUACAGCGACCUAAGUAUCAGUUGGGUGUACGUUUAUGUUUUUGGACUAAGCGAAAAGAUCACUUUUGACUCCAAAACUGGUUUUGUCAUUAAAGAAGCAAAUUGGGACUUUCAGAAAUAUUAUAAAUACGUAGAAGAAAAAGGAUUUUAUAAUUUAGUCAAUCUUAUAACGUCUGAGCUUAUUAUUAACAAUGUUACUCACGAUAAUAGAGGUAACUACACUUGUAAAAUAAGAUCUUCGUUUGAUGAAGAAGAGAGUCUUGAUACUCACGUUUGCGUGUUUGACACUAACAAACCAUACAUCAACCUAACAUCUGAUAAUCUGAAUAUACAUUUGGAUGAUGGUAAAUCAGUGACUUUUUUGGCUCUUGUUGAUGCAUGCCCAAUACCAACUUUGAAGUGGACUCACCCGCUAGGUUAUACCAUUCAUCCCUACUCGAGUAACGUAAGAAUGUCCGAUUAUGGAACGAUGAGCCGAUUGACUAUAUUAAACAUUGAUCAAUAUGACACGGGAUUUUUUACGCUUACAGCUAAACAUGAUAAAAUAGUAAAGGAGUUGAAAUUUUAUCUUGAAGUUUAUGGUAAGCCAACGGUCAGGUUUGACAAAACUUACCUCACAUCUUACUACAGUUUUAAUAAAACUGCCAAGUUUGUUUGCCUUGUCGAUCGUCAUCCUAAGUCGAAUAUAUCCUGGACCAAAAUUAACUAUUGGACGAAAACGUUGACACUUGACCUUACAGAACAUAACUUACAGGGAAUAGAAACAGAUGUGCAAAAUGGCAAUUUCAAACAAAAGUCAACGGUAGAACUAAAACAGCUAGUAACAUCUGGUGUAAUAACAUGCACGGCUUGCAAUAGCUAUGGCUGUGCCUCUACGUCAAAGGAAAUUCGCAUAGCAGAUAAAGUAAAUAAACCAUAUUUUGGAAUCGUACAACCAAAUAGAAGUUUUCAUAAAGGUGACAAUAUUUCUUUAAUAUGUGCUGUUGUAACUAAUUAUUUCUACGUCGUCGUAUGGUAUGAUGAUAACGGUCAGGUGGUAGAUACUUCCGAAAGAAUAAACGUUACAACGAAGGUAACUGGAUUCAUGUAUCAAGCCAUUCUUACGAUUAAGAACGUCAGUGAAUCAGAUAGAAAGAAUUAUUAUUGCAAAAUGAUAGAAAGAUACUACGAAUUUGUUGUAUAUCCUUUGCGCAAAAUACCUACAAAAUCAUACUUUCUUAACAUCAAUGAUCCACCUUUUUUUAUACUUGUAAAUAUGAAUGCUACAGAGAGAACAGUGAUGGCAAGGGAUUUUGAGAAUCCCCUGACAUUAUUAUGCUAUGUUGGAGGGAUUCCAACCCCUAACAUUACGUGGUCAAAAAACAACGUACCUCUGAAGAUGUCAUCACAGUAUACUUUCGAAGACAACAAUCAGAAAUUAACUAUCAGAUACUUUUUUGAAAAAGAUGCUGGUAAUUAUUCAUGCCAUGCUCAGAACGAUUACGGAACAGUGAAACAAUCACAAACUAUUGUUGUGAAAGGAAAUCCAAAUACUAAUUUUUAUACUGGAAUAGUAGUAUGGUUCAUCGCAAUCCUUACUUUUCUAUCAAUUUACUUUUACUUACAAGUACAACAUGGAAAGUUUAAAGAAAAACUUUUAUUAGAAUCUAGUCUUACCCAGUUCACGGAAGGGGAACUUAAUUUAAUGAAUCCCGAACUUACAGUAGAUGAGCAGGCAGAACUCCUUCCGUACGAUAUAAGGUGGGAGUUUCCCAGAGAAAAAAUAAAAUUAGAUAAAAAAUUAGGAAGUGGAGCUUUUGGAGUCGUGUAUAAGGCCGUAGCUUACGAAAUAUUUGCUAAUAAAUCUAAGACAACUGUAGCUGUAAAAACUGUUCGCAAAAAUGCAGAUCCAAUGUAUAUUACUGCACUAGCCAAGGAACUUAAAAUUAUGAUUUAUUUGGGACAACACUUGAAUAUUACAAGUCUUUUGGGAGCUUGUACAAAAAAUAUAGCCAAACGUGAACUAUUGGUGAUUGUUGAGCUUUGCAAAUUUGGAAAUCUGCAAAAUUAUAUCUUAUAUCAUCGACAAACUUUUAUUAAUCAAAUUAAAUCAGAUAAAGGUGAAAUCGGCUCUUGCAUUAGAAAAACAUCAAAUAGGACAAAAUAUAAAAUAUUUAAUGAUAUCAGAGUGGUUUUAAGCGGCAGUAAUUCAAGCAAUGAGACCAGCAUUUACUGCUCAGAGGAUGAGACAUUUGUUGGCCCAAUGGAAUUUAGUGAUGAUUUUGACGACGAUGAUUCCCAGCCCGGUUGGCGUUCUAAUUACAAAGGGGACUACGCGAAUGAAGAUGUUCCGUUUCUCUGCACUGAGGAUCUUUUUUUAUGGGCUUAUCAAGUAGCAAAUGGUAUGGAGUACCUUUCCCAAAGAAAGGUGUUACAUUGUGACUUAGCCGCGAGAAAUAUAUUAUUGGCAGAAAAUAACAUAAUUAAGAUAUGCGAUUUUGGUCUAGCAAAGACAUUGUACAAAGACGAAAACUAUAAAAAGCAAUGCGUUGGCAAGUUGCCAUUUAAGUGGAUGGCCAUUGAGUCCAUUAGGAAUGGAGUCUUUUCAACUAUGUCAGAUGUGUGGUCAUUUGGUGUAGUUUUAUGGGAACUUUUCACCCUUGCAGAAAUACCUUACUUAGGUCUAGGCUUCGAAGAGAUGUAUCAGAAAUUAGUCGGAGGAUAUAGAAUGGCUCAGCCUCCUUAUGCCACUGAUGACAUUUACAAUAUUAUGCUCGAUUGCUAGGAAGAAGAGCCAACAUCGAGACCGUCUUUUACAAUACUGGUUGAAAGUAUUAAAAAUUUUUUACAAGACGAUAUCAAAAUACGUUUACUAAAACUCUAUCAUACUCCAGAAGAAGAGACAUGGGAAAUACAUCCUGAAAUGAUGGCUGCCAUGGAAGAAGAAAAAAAAUAUAUUACUGGAUUCGAUGCUCACGUCUUUUGGAAAUUUACGCAGCCAAUGAUUAUAAAUUUUGCAUAA